GCUCAUCGAAGGCACAUCCUUCAAAUUAUUGUACCUUAGUGGUCAAACUGCUGAAUGAAUUCAUUUUAAAAUGGUAAAUAGUUAUUUCUUAUAAUAAUAAAUAUAAACCAUAAUUACAUGAUAGGCACUGAUGACGCAACAGCCUUCCUAAUUAGAAAUCAUCGCCAUUUUCUCAACAUUGGUAGCCUGUGGGAAGCAGAGAAUCCAUCCCUGCCGCAUAUUUGUGUCUUUCUGCUGGAUUCUAUCCUUUCAGUUCAAUAAAAAGCCACAUAAUAAAGCGAUGGAAGGCGAUCCUGUCCGCGACAGAAAGCUGCUGUUGGUCUUGCUGAGGAAGCUAAAGGAGGUUUUCGAGGCGUGUGACGAGGAUGCGGAUGGAUUCAUCCAGGUGAAGCAUCUGCUCCACAUCGCCGAGCAGCUCGGCCAAGGAGACGAGGUAAGGACAUUUAUCAGCUUCCUGAAUCCUCACACUCACGGGAAGCUCAGUUUCAAAGACUUUUGCCGUGCAGUAUUUGCUAUCAAAGGUUAUGAGGAGAUACUGAAGAUGGUUUUGAGUCCUUGCGGUCUUACUUCUAACCUUCCGGCAAACACUCCUUCCCGUUGCCAGUCGUUCCCAGAGAGCAGUGCACAUGCUACGGUGCAAAGUGGAAGGGACGAGCCUGAAAAGGAAAGCUGCCACACGUCAGCCAUCAUGGACUCAGCGUGGCAAAACCAGGAGGAGCAGUUUGAAGACUACGGCGAAGGAGAGGAUGUGGAAUAUUCUCCAAGCAGCCCAAGACAGGACAAUGACACCCAAGCUAACAGCAUCUCCGAUUUGGGAUCCUCCCUUCCACCCAGUGUAGGACACACACCUCAGAAGAUGCGGCAACUGUACACGAGUGAGCUGCUGGAUAUCUACUGCUCUCAGUGCUGCAAGAAAGUCAAUCUGCUCAAUGACUUGGAUGCCCACCUCCAAAACGUCAAGGCCAACAGCCCAAACAGAAAGAUAUCCAGCACAGCAUUUGGACGCCAGCUGUUUCAGGCCAACCACGGCGUGUUCGACUGCAGUCAGGGAAGCAGCACGGAAGACUUGGUGGCGGACAGCAUCGACUCCUGUGAUGUCAACAUCACAGAGAAGGUGAGUUACCUGGAGAAGAAGGUGACGGAGCUGGAGAGUGACAGUCUGGCCAAUGGGUACCUCAAGUCUAAACUCAAACAGGAGAAUACCAAACUGGUUCAUCGGGUACACGAGCUGGAGGAGCAGAUGAAGGAUGUGGAGGCGAGGGCGGAUCAGAGUCUGGAGGAAGAGACGAGGAGGCAUUGUGACGUUUACUGCAAGAUGGAAGGGGAAAGAAACACGGAGAUAGACUUCCUGUGUAGCAGGAUCCAGCAGUUACUGGAAGAGAACGGUGAAAUGAAAACAAACGUGUGCAGGCUCAAGUCUCAGACGGAGAAACUGGACCAGGAGAAGCAGAAGGAGAUGGACAAGCUGGAGGACACCAGCCUGAGGCUCAAAGAUGAGGUGGACACGUACAGGAAGAUCAUGGCUAAAGUUUGGCAAAACCGUCGUGAGUUUCAUAAGGAGAAGGAGUCCAUGCAGGAGCUCAUUGACGAUCUACGCAAAGAACUGGACUACCUGCAGCUCUUUCAGAUGGAAAUAGAGAAUCCUGGGAAGGGGAAGGAGCUUUACGAACACAACAGCAAGCCCCGGGAGGUGGAAAUGGAACAGGAUGUCAAGAAAUUGAAACAGGAGAACCAUAAACUCCGAAAUCAAAACGACGACUUGAACGCCCAGAUUCUAAGUCUGAGUUUAUACGAGACCAAGAGCUUGUUCUCAUGCCACUCAAAGGUCCAGUGUCUGGCGGCAGAGAUUGACAACGCGUCCAAGGAUGAGCUGGUGGAUGCUUUGAAAACGCAAGAGGAGAUCAACCUGCGUCUGAGGAAAUACAUGGACAAGAUUAUAUUGGCCAUUCUCGACCAUAACCCCUCUAUCCUGGAGAUCAAGUGCUGAGCCAAGAGCAGACCCUGGAUCACACAAACACUUGUGUACAUGACUGCUACCCCGACAUAUCAUCAAGCAUCACAUUGCCAUGUUUAGUGUACAUAUCAGAACAAUAUCAAAGAGGAUCAUCAGUGUAUCACUGCAUUCAUCAGCUUAACACAAUAACACCACUUGUCAUUACCUUUUGUCAUCUAAACUUAGAUGUUGAAUUCAAUAAAUAUAUAUAUUUAUAUAUGUGCAACAAUGA